UUCCAACACCCAACCAACCCAUUUCUCCUUUCUAAUAUAUAGCCACUCUCCACUUACCUUUCCGUUUAUCCAUGUGAGCUGUGAUCAGCACAAGCAUUAGCCUCCCUUGAGGCUUCAGCAGUAACAUGAGCCGUACACUCUCUUACUGUUGGCGUAAUUCUUUCAAUUGAUACAUGCUGGUUCUUGCCUGACAUCCAUUGUCCAAAAAGCAAGGAAUAGCUUAUGAAUCCUCAGAGUACUCUAAAUUCUUCUAGAGCCCUUGAGGGGGUUCAUGGAGUGCAUCUGGUGUCUCGAUCACCAUUUGUAACUGAAGAGAUUCCCCAAAAUGGGGAAUUCGAUCGCUCCAUCUCUGAAGAUUCAGCUUUUGGAGCUAAUCGGAAGCUAUUAAUGCAACGCAUAUGGAAGCAGAAGCCAGCAUACUUGAGGCCCGUCCACUGUAAUAUCCGAGGUGAUCACAACCUGAUAGAAACAAUUGCUAAUGUGCUCACUUCACUUCCUUUUAUUGCCCUUGGAAUCCAUGCCCCAAGGAAGAACUUGAAUAGUAAGCUAUAUGCUAAUUCAUUAAUUGGUGUUGGAGUUGCUUCAAGUUUAUACCAUGCUUCAAGAGGAGAACUGAAGAAGUAUCUAAGAUGGGCCGAUUAUACAAUGAUAGCCACUACAACAGUUUGCCUGUCGAGGGCGCUAAGGAAUGAGAAUCCAAAGUUGCUGAUGGCAGCUUCCGCUGCAUUUCUACCUUUCCAACCUUUAAUGGUUUCAGUAGUUCACACAGGGUUGAUGGAGGUAGCAUUUGCAAAAAGAGCAUUUAAGGAACCAGAUCUGAGAAUGGCCCACAACCUUCAUAAAAUGUCAUCUAUUUUGAGUGGCGCUCUUUUUGUUGCUGAUGAUUUUUUCCCCAGAACACCCUAUAUUCAUGCUGCUUGGCAUCUUGCUGCAGCUAUUGGUGUUGGGACAUGUAAUAAACUUCUUGAAUGAUAUUUGAUCUCGAGCUUCACGGAAAAGAUCAGGUUAGCUUAUUCUCUGAGGUCAUAGUAACCAUUCAUGUAUCUCAUGUAAUUUGUAUAAAUCCCAUUCUUGUCCUUGAGGAACUUGUCUUAUAAAUAUUACCAAAAUUAUUAUACUCUUU